UUACUUUGACCCACUCCGCGUCCCUGCGCUGCUCUGAGGCCCGAGACUCUCUCGCGAAGGCCCCCCAGGCCAGCCCCGUCCGCUGCCGGGAGCCAGGCCGUAAGGGGCAGCGGGAUGUUCUUGACGCCGCCCUGCACACGAGCUCCGGGGCCUUCGGGAGGGUCCCGAGCUACUCUGGUCGGGCUUGGCCCUGCGCUGGGGGUUACGGCGUUGGAUGGAGAACCGCACCACCCGGGGCGGGGCCGCCCGAGUCCUGCCCUCGGUCGCCUCCGAAACGCGGACCGGAUAUCUGGCCCGUAGGAGUCGCGGCCACACUAGUAGUUCCGUUCUGAGGACGGAAGUGCCCGUCCGGGUCUGGGCGGCUGAGCAGCCAGCAACAUGGUGGCCCCCGUGCUGGAGACUUCUCACGUGUUUUGCUGCCCAAACCGGGUGCGGGGAGUCUUGAGCUGGAGCUCCGGGCCCGGAGGACUUCUGGCCUUCGGUACUUCCUGCUCUGUGGUGCUUUAUGACCCUCUGAAAAGGGUUGUUGUUACCAACCUGAAUGGUCACACUGCCCGAGUCAAUUGCAUACAGUGGAUUUGUAAACAGGAUGGCUCUCCUUCUACUGAAUUAGUUUCUGGAGGAUCUGAUAAUCAAGUGAUUCACUGGGAGAUAGAGAAUAAUCAGCUUUUAAAAGCAGUCCAUCUCCAAGGCCAUGAAGGACCUAUUUAUGCGGUACAUGCUGUUUACCAGAGGAGGACAUCAGAUGCUGCAUUACACACACUGAUAGUUUCUGCAGCUUCAGAUUCUACUGUUAGACUCUGGUCUAAAAAGGAUUCAGAAGUAACAUGCCUUCAGACCUUAAACUUUGGAAAUGGAUUCGCUCUGGCUCUCUGCUUAUCUUUUUUGCCUAAUAUUGAUGUACCAAUAUUAGCAUGUGGUGAUGAUGACUGCAGAAUCCACUUAUUUGCUCAACAAAAUGAUCAGUUUGAGAAAGUGCUUCUUCUCUGUGGACAUGAGGAUUGGAUAAGAGGCGUGGAAUGGGCAGCCUUUGGUGGAGAUCUUUUCCUAGCAAGCUGUUCACAAGAUUGCCUGAUAAGAAUAUGGAAGCUGUAUGUAAAAUCGACAUCUGUAGACACUCAGGAUGAUGAUAAUAUAAGACUGAAAGAAAAUACUUUUACCAUAGAAAAUGAAAGUAUUAAAAUAACAUUUGCUGUUACACUGGAGACUGUGCUAGCUGGUCAUGAAAACUGGGUAAAUGCUGUUCAUUGGCAACCUUCAUUUUACAAAGAUGGUAUUCUACAGCAGCCAAUGAGAUUGUUGUCUGCUUCAAUGGAUAAAACCAUGAUUCUCUGGGCUCCAGAUGAAGAGUCAGGAGUUUGGCUAGAACAGGUUCGAGUAGGUGAAGUAGGUGGGAAUACUCUGGGAUUUUACGAUUGCCAGUUCAGUGAAGAUGGCUCCAUGAUCAUUGCUCAUGCUUUCCAUGGAGCAUUGCACCUUUGGAAACAGAGUGCAGUUAACCCGAGAGAGUGGACUCCAGAAAUUGUCAUUUCAGGACACUUUGAUGGUGUCCAAGACCUAAUGUGGGAUCCAGAAGGAGAAUUUAUCAUCACUGUUGGUACCGAUCAGACAACUCGACUUUUUGCUCCAUGGAAGAGAAAAGACCAAUCACAGGUGACUUGGCAUGAAAUUGCAAGGCCUCAGAUACAUGGAUAUGACCUGAAAUGUUUGGCAAUGAUUAAUCGUUUUCAGUUUGUGUCUGGAGCAGAUGAAAAAGUUCUUCGAGUUUUUUCUGCACCUCGAAAUUUUGUGGAAAAUUUUUGUGCCAUUACAGGACAAUCACUGAAUCAUGUGCUUUGUAAUCAAGACAGUGAUCUUCCAGAAGGAGCUACUGUCCCUGCAUUGGGACUAUCAAAUAAAGCUAUCUUUCAUGGAGAUAUAGCUUCUCAGCCUUCUGAUAAAGAGGAGCUGUUAACUAGUACUGGUUUCGAGUAUCACCCAGUGGCUUUUCAACCCUCCAUACUUACUGAACCUCCCACUGAGGAUCAUCUUCUGCAGAAUACUUUGUGGCCUGAAGUUCAAAAACUAUAUGGACACGGUUAUGAAAUAUUUUGUGUUGCUUGUAACAAUUCAAAGACACUGCUUGCCUCAGCUUGUAAGGCAGCUAAGAAAGAGCAUGCAGCUAUCAUUCUCUGGAACACUACAUCUUGGAAACAGGUGCAGAAUUUGGUUUUCCACAGUUUGACUGUCACGCAGAUGGCCUUCUCACCUAACGACAAGUUCUUACUAGCUGUUUCCAGAGAUCGAACCUGGUCAUUGUGGAAAAGGCAGGAUACAGUCUCACCUGAGUUUGGUAAAAUAGCUUCUGAUUGGAAAGACCCAGUUUUCAGUCUGUUUGCUUUUACCAACAAAAUUACAUCUGUGCACAGUAGAAUUAUUUGGUCUUGUGAUUGGAGUCCUGAUAGCAAGUAUUUCUUCACUGGGAGUCGGGACAAAAAGGUGGUUGUCUGGGGUGAAUGCGACUCCGGCGAGGACUGCAUUGAGCAUAACAUUGGCCCCUGCUCCUCAGUCCUGGACGUGGGGGGCGCCGUGACGGCUGUCAGCGUCUGCCCGGCACUCAGCUCUUCCCAACGAUAUGUGGUUGCAGUAGGAUUGGAGUGUGGAAAGAUUUGCUUAUAUACGUGGAAAAAGACUGAUCAAGUUCCAGAAAUAAAUGACUGGACCCACUGUUUAGAAACAAGUCAAAGCCAAAGUCAUACACUUGCUAUUAAAAAACUAUGCUGGAAGAAUUGCAGUGGAAACACUGAACAGAAUGAAGCAGAAGGUGCUGAGUGGUUACACUUUGCAAGUUGUGGUGAAGAUCACACUGUGAAGAUACACAGAGUUAACAGACGUGCGCUGUAGUGGACUUAGUAACUACAUGCUUGCAGUCAUUGGUGUCUUGAAAGAUAUUUAUCAUGUAAAUAAAUCACCUUUCUUUACCUUUGUAAUUAAAUUGAGUUUCAUUUUA